GAGAGAGACGGGGGGAGUCAGAGAGAGACGCAAGAGGCAGGGAAGCUGCGGGACAGUGACGAGGAGACACGGAGGAGAGCAGCGAGAGAGCCGCGCAAGGCGACACGGAAGGUUCCGUUCCGACGACGCGCCGCGUACGCCCGCGCGCUUUUGCACCGGCGUCGCCGAACGAAAACGCGGCAAACGAACGGAGGGAGGCCUCGCCCGCCCUGACGCGCCCUCUCGCGCCGCGCAGGCAGCCGGCGCCAUGGAAGGGCCGCAGCCCGGGGCCGCGGGAGCCGGCGGGGGAGCGGAGCCCUCGCAGCCGAGCGCCCGCGGGGGUCCGGGGGAGCUCGCGGAGCCCCUGGCGGCGUUGGCGAUCCGGGCCGGAACGGCGGCCGCCGACAAAGCGCGCGCCGACGGCGCGGCCUGCUCCUCCUCGGCGCCCGCGGCCGAGAGGGGGCACGGCCGCCCCGCUGCCGCCGCGCCUUCCGCUCCGCCGCCCGAGCCCUCGCCCCGUCGCCCGGGGCUCGGCCGCUCCGGGGGCGGCCCCCAAGCCGCCGUCUCGCCCGGUGGCUCCCCCCGCGGGGCGCCCUCCCGGCCGGGCUGCCGGCGCACCGUGCAGUCUCACCGCGUGUCCAUCACGGACCUGCAGGACUGCAUUCAGUUAAACCAGUACAAGGUGCUGGGCGAGAUUGGAAAGGGGUCCUAUGGAGUGGUCCGGCUGGCGUACAACCAGGAGGACAACGUCCACUACGCCAUGAAGGUGAUGUCUAAGAAGCGCCUGGUGAAGCAAGCCGGCUUCCCGCGUCGGCCUCCCCCGCGCGGCGGAGCGGCCGGAGCGGCCGCCACGGCGGCGGCGGCGGCGGCGGCAACGGCGGUCCGGAGCCCCCUGGACCGAGUCUACCAGGAGAUCGCCAUCCUGAGAAAGCUGGACCAUCCCAACGUGGUGCGGCUAGUCGAGGUGAUGGAUGACGCCGGCGAAGACAACUUGUACAUGGUGUUCGAGCUGGUGCGCAGGGGGCCCGUGAUGGAGGUUCCCUCCGAGUGUCCCUUCUCAGAGGAGCAGUCUCGUCAGUACUUCCGCGACAUCCUUAUGGGGAUCGAAUACCUGCACCACCAGGGCAUCGUGCACCGUGACGUGAAGCCCUCCAACCUCCUGCUGGGCGACGACGGCCACAUCAAGAUCUCGGACUUCGGCGUGAGCGACCGCUUCCACGGCGACGACGCCGUCCUCCGCGGCUCGGCCGGCACGCCGGCGUUCUGCGCCCCCGAGACGCUGACGCACGCGCGCACGCGCUUCACCGGGAAGGCACUCGACGUGUGGGCCAUGGGAGUGACUCUGCACUGCUUCGUGUUCGGAAUCUGCCCGUUCAGGGACGAGCACAUCCUCGCCCUGCACAACCAGAUCAAGACGCAAGCCGUCACCUUCCCGGAGCGGCCCGCGAUCGGCGAGCCGCUCAAGGAGCUGCUGCUGGCCAUGCUGGACAAGCGGCCGGAGAGCCGCAUCACGGUGCCCCAGAUGAAGUGUCACGGCUGGGUGACCCUGGGCGGCACGGACCCGCUGCCCCCGCUGCACUGCGCCCCCGUGGAGGUGACGUGCGACGAGGUGCGGGACUCUGUGCGCCACGUCGUCAGCCUGGCGACGCUGAUCAUGGCCAAGCAGAUGCUGCGCAAGCGCUCCUUCAGCAACCCCUUCGAGGCGGGCAGCCGCAAGGAGGAGCGCAGCAUGUCGGCUCCGGGCAACCUGCUCAUGGACCGCCAACUCUCAUUUCACAAACUGCACCCAUCUCUAAGGAAGCAGAACAGCGGAGACGCCAUCGCGGUGGCCCCUGACCUGCCGGAGGUACAAGAAGGCGAAAAUUCGUCGUGAAGCCGGAGAGUCGCUCUGCGGCGAAGUUGGACCGCGCCUGAAGGGAGAAGCGUCCGUCCGUACGUCCGUCCGCUACGCGCCACCGCCGCCGCGCCGCCGCCGCUGCUGUGCCGGCGGCGGCGGCGGCGACGGCUGGGCGGUGCGACGCGUCGGCCGCUGUCGAGGGGGAAGCGUCCAAGGGCCGUUGCCGCGCCGUCGACCCCGCCGCGUACGGCGCUCCACGUUUCUUUUUUUUUAAAGAAAUUUUUUCGAGUGACGCUCACAAGCUGAGAUUUUUUUUUUUAAAUCCCGGGUGAGAACCGAAGGAGGACCGGGAUGAGUCUCGUUCGCGAGAGCGCCCUGGGGGGGGGGGGGAGGCGGGGAGGCGUGAGCCUGCCGCCAGCAGCGGGUGGCGAUAAUCGCCGCGCUGCGUGUGUGCGUGUGUGUGUGUGCGUGUGUGUGUAACGCGCGCGCGAUCCCAAUCGAGCAGUUUGCGGUGCGAUCUUUUUUUCUUUGCCCAAUUUCGCAAAUUUGGACCGUGACGCCGGUACACGGCGGCCCUGCUCUUGCACGUGACGUCCAGGGAGAUCCUUACGCACACCGCAGUAAUAACCAGGGGCGGCUGCUGGCAUCGAACCGCGAACUUCUCUGCAACGGUCGGCGGUCGCGUCGUUGCCGUCCGCCCCCCACCCUCCCCACCCCACCCACCCCUCCCCCACCCCCCUCUGUCACCAUCUCGCCGGGAGGAAUCAUGGAAGAUAUGCACUUUGUAACCGAUGUCAUUCCCUCUGCGCGUCUCCAGUAAGACGUCGCAGAAGCGGGAGCGGUCAGUCGCUCCCCCACCCCACCGCCCCCCUCCCGACCGAGGUUCACGGAGCGCGUGCGGCACGAGGCUGUGUGCGUGCGUAAAACUUCUUCUUUCGCGCCGUACGUAGCCAAAGGCGCCAGUCGGAGGUGAGAGUGCGUGGAGCAUCGGCGCCUUCGCCGGCGGGUUUCUGAUAACCGCCGUCGAUCACCCACGCUCGGCGCCGGCGGGUGACUUUUUUUCGCUUUUUUUUUUAAAGGAGCGUCCCUUACGCGCACGAAUCGCAUCGUUAACGGCCACGGAUCGCGGAGCUCCUACGAGGCAACAUUCUCGCGUUUCCCCCCCCGCCGCCGCCCCGCCUCCCCACACACCGGUAGCAAAAGAAUAAUAUUCGUUGGGUCACGAAGCACAAGCUUUUGGGACGCCAAGGCCGCUGCAAUGCACCAUGGGAGCGAGGCGUGGGGGGUGGUGCGCGGGCACGUCUCGCGCACGCGCUCACCCCCAUCGUGGACGCGGCGACCGGGGCAGGGCGCGGGCCCAAGAGGAGACGCCGACUCCGGAGGGCACCGCCCGCCGCCGCGCGCCGAGUUCGACGUAGAUGGUUUCGCGGCCUGGUGCGGCGACCCGGUCCCGGAGGGAAACUGAGCGGAGGGGAGCGGAGGCGGUGGCGAGAGUAAGAAGGGAGGUGAUGUACAGGGUGCUUCGAAAAAAAGCGUUAACGCCCGCGAGGAUUUUGCGACAAACACCGCGUGACACGUGCUGCUGCCUCCGGGCUCUUGGGGAACCACCUGGCGAAGAUUCCAGGCAACGUGUUGACAGCGAUGGCGAACAAGUGGAGACUCUUUGAGGCUACGAACGGGCAUUUGUUAUCGCUACUCUUUGGGUUCUUUCGCUGAAGUCGCGUAGAAGAAAGAUGUGUAACAGAUCACGACGUGUUGAUCGCCACACAGGCGGUCGGCCUCCCACGCGAGGACGACCGCUUGCGUGGCGAUCGAAACGUCGUGAUCCAUUAUGCAUUUUUCUACCUUCGUGACUUUACCGAAAGAGCCCAAAGAGAAUGGAUUCCUGCAGUCACGAAAGCUUCAAAUCAAGAUUUGUUAUCACGUUACGGCGUAUUAUUCGUUUCUUUUUUUCAAUUUGGGUUUUGAAGCACCCUGGACACUUUGGCAACCUCCGGCAUUGUGUGCUGGGCCUCACUUCGUGCCUGAGCCAGUGAGGAGCUUGCAGGGAAGGCUCAGCCUUGCUCUCACCUCUUUCCUCAUAGUGAGGUGUUUUCAGAGGCGGGGGUGGCGGCAGGGGGAGGGGGGGCACUUUCGCCGAUAAGGCAUCAUCAGUGUGGUGAGGGCCGCCACAACGUUUGAAACCGUUCGGUUGGCUUUGACAGCAGCACGAUGAUUAUGGGGGGCUGUUUUCACUCUUUGUGUAUUACUGGGGGGGGGGGGCGGGGGGGGGGGGGGGCGUAAGUCAGGGGCCGCACUAAAGGCCACCAGCGGCCACCCAGUGGCCCGCGAGCCAUGGAAGUGAAGGACAAUGGCCUGGCAAGACGACCUCUGGCCAUCAGUGAGUGUAAGCAUGCUGCCUAUGAUGCUGCUGCUGCUGCAAGGCUUGAGGUGUGGGGCCUGCAGGCAUCUGACUUUGGGUGGCGGAUUCCGCCGACUGCUGCAGCCGCUACAGGCGUCGGUGUGGCAGAUGUAAUCAUGCACGUGCGUCUCUGAGCAAUGUUAUAUGCAUGCGUGUAAUUUGUAUGUUACCGUAUUAUUUUAUUAAAAUGCCCUGAAUGGA